AUGGCUAAGCUGGGAAUACGAUGGUUUAGAUCGACCCAGCGUCGCAUUUUAGCCAUUACUGUGGUUAUCCUUCUUGCUAUAUUUCCAUUACACUUGCUAUUCCGCAAUGCUGAUACUAGUAUUCCGUUGUUGAAGUUUAUCACAUCUAAAAAGCCAUUAUUACCUCCUCAAUCAGCAACAAAUGGCAAGAACGCAUUGCCACAGGCUCAUCUACAUAACCACAUCUCACAACAAUUGCUAGUUUUCCCACAAAAUUUUCAAGAUGAAGCAGCCUAUAAACAAGUGCAUCCUACUGACAACAAACAAGUAAUUAAUUAUUCGGGAAAUAACUCAGCCUUAACUCAGCAACAACUCAGUUAUGCAACCAAACCCCAUCAGAUCCAUCUUUUCAACUCAUUUUCCGAUUCGAAACAAUGUUCACAAUCGAUGCAAUCAUUAGAUUUAACCAUUAGUGACAACCUCAUCUUUGAUGCCGAUUUCACAAGUAUGGUUGAAGUACUCAAACUGCAAUUGAAACUGGAUGACGCAUUUAAGCAUUUGGCUGGGUUUUUCCAGGGCAAAAUACCCACAAUGUUGAAGGAAAACACCAUUGGUAAACAUUUUUAUAAAUUUGCUGGAACUUCAGUAUGGUUAAAGGAAUAUGGAGUCCAUUUAAUGGUUUCACGAGUGUUGUUUUCGCGCAAAGGAUUGAAAUGGAACCCACAAAUUUCAUUACUUUAUGCUCAAGUUUAUGAUGUCAACUGGCAAGAACUAACCAAUGUUGAAUUAGUUGUGCCAGUAAUGGAUACUGAUGGCGUUACUAGAGUGCAUCAAAACUUGAAAUUUCCUCGCUUCCUACCAAUUCCUUACUACUUUGAUUAUCAGUACACCAAGAGAAGAUGGUAUGGGCCAGAAGAUACUAGGAUCAUGUUGAUUGAAAAUGAAAUGCAAAAGGAAGAGCCAGUUAUUGUAUUCAACGCUUAUCAACGUAAUAUCUACAAUUAUACUGCUGUGAAUGAAGAUAAAUCAAUGCAAAUAAAUUUCGAAUUCCAUCGAGCCAUGUUUAUUGGAUGGCCAUUUAGGUAUCAAUUGGGUAAAGUCAAUACUGAUGGCAUAUCUGAUUCACGUUUUGAUAAUGUUAAAUUCACCCAAGUUAAAGAACUCAAGAUUGCGAAAAAGAAACGAAAGGGAGUAGAAAAAAAUUGGACACCGUUUAUAAUCCCCAAAGAUCGAGAUCCCAAGGCAUCUGGUGACAAGUUCAUUUAUUUGAUUUAUCAAUGGGAUAAUUUAGAGGUUUUGAAAUGUGAGUUGCAACAGUUUAAUAACGAUGAAGAUGUCAGUAAAUGUGAGUUUGUAUACACGGCCAAGAAGCUGAAGAAGGGCGGUAAUGUAGGGCCCAUUAGAGGAGGAACAGAAAUGAUCCCUUAUGGAACUAUUGACCCUACAUACAAGGAUAAAAACGUAUGGAUUGGCUUCCUUCGUGCUCAUAUAAAGCAUUGUGGAUGCGGACGAUCCAUGUAUCGCCCCAACCUUUAUAUUUUUACCAAACUGGACACAAGCAACGAAUUCCAAGUGAAAUAUUUGUCAUCGUCGAUUUCAUUUGAUAUCCCAGUUAGUGGGUGGAGGAAACAUGAAGUACAAUGUGCAGCAAGAGACCCUAGCGUUUUGAUCCCCAAUGGAAUUUCGUCCUGGGAGUAUGAUCCCAUAAGUAAGCAAGAUGUACUUGGGUUGACUUUGAGUGUGGCUGAUGAGAAUAACAGUAUACUGUACAUUUAUGGACUACGAGAUAUUGUGAGAAACUUGCUAAAGCAACAAGACAAGGUUGGCGACAAGGCCAUGACAGGUGACAAUGAACAGUUGAUGAAGUGUGUUUUGGAUGCUAGUAUUGAGUUUUGUAAAACUUUUGGUGAAGAGCAAACUAAGUUGGGUGUGACUGAGGAAGUAUUGAAGAAGUUGGAGGAGGAGAAGAAAAAGAUGGAAGAAGAGAAGAUGAAGCUGGUGGAGGAGAAUAAGAAGGUGGAGCAAGCUGUGGAGAAAGCAGUCAAGAAUGAAGAGGAGAGUAAGAAGGCAGAACAGCAGGAGAACCAGGAGGCUGCGAAACAGGGCGAGAGAUAA